AUAUGAUGGCAGUGCCCUUGAUGCAAUGCGCCGAUGGUUGAAGCUUCGUCAGCUUGUUCAACUUGCUCUUUUGCGGAAAACCGUCUCUGCGUCUGCAACUUAUCCCGAGUGCAUUGAAGAAGGCCGAUUUCGAUUUGGACAAGCCGAGACUAGUGGAGACAUGUGAAAACUGAGCAGUGCUCGUCUCUGCAGCGAUGUCUACCGCUGACUCUGAGGCAUUGUCUACCGUCAUGCCGGUGCUCAUGGCAUUUUUGUUGAUCUGAACUUCUUCGGUAGCACUGGAUGUUGGCAGAAUGAUUGCAGGAGCACAGACAAGUUUCAUAGCGAUGAUGUCGGCAUUUGUGCUCGUGCCUGCUGGCAGAUUCAGGAAUGCACUCACUGGUCCUUCGGUGAAGGAUCCUGCUUCUUGAGGAAAUCGGAGGGCGGCAUGGAGUCCGCCGGCAGCUUCGCCUCGGGACCCAAGGCUUGCGCCCCUCCGCCGCUGCCGGAUGCGUGGCUGGCGCGGCAGGUGGCCAAGCUGCCGGCCUUGGACUGCGAGAACGGUACUUGCGACAUGGUCUGCACCGCCACCACGUGGAGAUUUGCCAUAUCAGCUCUUCAAAGAGUGGCGAUUGACAACAUAAGAGCACUCGUCCACCAGAUUGCCACGGACACGGAUACCUUCAUCCGGCAACGUCAUGAAGAGAUCUUCCUUGACGUGGUCAAGAACAACCGGCUGGUGUUCGAAGCGGUGGAUGGUUGGUUGGCCUUGCAGCCCGAACCCACACAGCUGAAGUAUGCACUACCCUUGCCUAUCCUGGGGGAGCUGUGUGGACCAAGCUCCUGUUACUAAACGAGAGUGAGAGCGUUUGAGCUUUUGCUCUGUUCCACUAGAUUCGUCUUGCCGAUUUGAAUGAGAGCAA